AUGUGGAGUGGGAGUGAGGAGUGGAAUGUGGAGCGGAGUGAGGAGUGGAGCGUGGAGCGGAGUAGGGAGUGGAGCGUGGAGCGGAGUAGGGAGUGGAGCGUGGAGCGGAGUAGGGAGUGGAGCGUGGAGCGGAGUAGGGAGUGGAGCGUGGAGCGGAGUAGGGAGUGGAAUGUGGAGCGAAGUGAGGAGUGGAGCGUGGAGCGGAGUGAGGAGUGGAAUGUGGAGCGGAGUGAGGAGUGGAGCGUGGAGCGGAGUGAGGAGUGGAGCGUGGAGCGGACACUAACCCACUACCGUGAAAGACGAAGAGAAGACGAAGAGAAGGAGGUCUCAGUUAAAGAGGAAGACUCGUUCAGAGUCAAAGAGGACGGCGACGUUUCAGUGAAAGAAAAAGAGGAGGGGGAAGUGACUGUCACAUCGAAAAAUGAAGAAGAGGAGGAAACUGGAUGUCUGGGCCCGGUUUCCCAAACGCAUCUUAAGGCGUCCGAUUGUUCUAACGAUGAACCGGCCCUGAUUAACACUAGAGAGAGACCUGACUAUCGUGGAUCCUCUGGGGGGCCUCAACAACCUCAUGAUGGUGACAGGGCAGAGAAGAAUCUCUCCACAUCAAAACACAUCAAGAAAUACCAGCAGAGACCCACAGGGAAGAAAUCUCAUUGCUGCUCUGACUGUGGGAAAGGUUGCAAAUCUUCAUCAAAACUUAAAAUACACCAGAGAACACACACAGGAGAGAAGCCUUAUAGCUGUGAUCAAUGUGGGAGGAGUGUUAGUACAUCUAGUGGUCUGACAGUACACCAGAGAACACACACAGGAGAGAAACCUUAUAGCUGUGGUCAAUGUAGGAGGAGUUUUAGUACAUCUAGCGGUCUGACAUUACACAAGAGAAAACACACAGGGGAGAAACCUUAUAGCUGUGGUCAAUGUAGGAGGAGUUUUAGUACAUCUAGCGGUCUGAUAUUACACAAGAGAAAACACACAGGGGAGAAACCUUAUAGCUGUGAUCAGUGUGGGAGGAGUUUUUUUCAAGCUAGCCAUCUGACUCAGCACCAGAGAAAACACACAGGAGAGAAACCUUAUAGCUGUGAUCAAUGUGGGAGGAGUUUUGUUCAAGCUAGCCAUCUGACUCAGCACCAGAGAACACACACAGGGGAGAAGCCUUUUAUCUGUGAUCAAUGUGGGAGGAGUUUUACUACAUCUAGCGUUCUGACAGUACACCAGAGAACACACACAGGGGAGAAGCCUUAUAUCUGUGAUCAAUGUGGGAGGAGUUUUACUACAUCUAGCGUUCUGACAGUACACCAGAGAACACACACAGGAGAGAAGCCUUAUAGCUGUGAUCAAUGUGGGAUGAGUUUUACUCGAUCAAGCAAUCGGAUUCGACACCAGAGAACACACACAGGAGAGAAGCCUUAUAGCUGUGAUCAAUGUGAGAAGAGUUUUCCUACAUCUAACCAGCUGACUUCACACCAGAGAACACACACAGGAGAGAAGCCUUAUAGCUGUGAUCAAUGUGAGAAGAGAUACUCUGAUAAAAGAUGUCUGAUCAAACAUCAGAAAAUACAUACAUGAAGAAGUUGUUUCAU